UGCCAGCUCUGGUCAUCGAUGGCGUCAGCGGUGCCAGGCCGCGUCCGGCGCACGAGCUUGGGGCUCGACCACAAGGCGCUGCUCGAGGAAAAUGCCGUGCUCCAAGCCCAAGUCGCGGCCCUCGAGGUCGAGCUCCAACGAAAACACGACCUGAACAACAAAUUGCAGUAUGAAAGCCAGUUUUUGACGGGAAUGCUGGCCCGACUAGACGCAAAGGAGAUCGAGGCUGGUGCCAAGUUGGACGCGGUCGGGCGGGAGUUUGUGGAAAAGGAAGUGCUCCAGGAAGAACCAGCCAAGCGCCAACAAGAGACACUGAAGCAUUCUAUCGCCGACCUCGACGCCGCAGCGCGCGAGUACGACAGACUCACCGCAUUGGAACGGCAACUUUUGCAGCAGCACGCGACGCUCACGGCCGAGUGCGAGGCGAUGGAGCUGCAGCACAAGGCUGAAUUGCAGGCGCGAAAAGUCGACGAGUACAAUCGGAAGCGCACGAUGGAUCAAAACUUUCAAAACCUCUUGACGACGUUGGACACCCAUGGCCUCAAAAAGACGUUCUGCCAGCUCCUCGAGACCCUCCAGGCACAGCCGACACAGAGGGCGCCGACGCCCGGCACCGACGACGUCACCGAUGCAUGACAGCUAACAUGCAUUAUACGAUUUUGAUUGGCUGUAUCUUGG